CUUCGUUGUAUGUAACCCCACGUCCAAAACAAAAUGGCAGCUCCCAUGAAACAAACAUGAAUAAUGAUAAAUCAAUCUUAAACGACGAAAAAGAAACUCAUAGGAUCUUAAUUGCUGAUUUUUAAAAACAAACGUAUUCGAUGGCACUUUUUGGAAAUCUUUUUGAGGAUAAUGAAAAGUUUUCAGGUGUGGAAACAACUUCUGGACCGAAAGUAGGGAUUACACCACCACCUAGACGUAGGCCGCAAUGUCAGCUGUGCGGAAUAGAAAACCAGGGAGCGACUUGCUAUCUGAACUCGCUGCUUCAGACACUUCUCUACACUCCAGAAUUUAGGGAAGGUUUGUUUUCACUCAGUGAAGAAGAGCUAGGAACUUUAGAUGCUGAAAAACCAUUAAAUGAGUCCAAGGCCCGUGUCAUUCCAAUUCAACUUCAGCGUCUGUUUGCAAGGCUGCUUCUAAUUGAUUGUCAAAGUGUUUCUACAAAGGAUCUUACCAAUAGUUUUGGUUGGACAGACUCUGAGCAUUUUCAACAGCAUGAUGUCCAGGAGUUAAACCGUAUCCUGUUUAGCGCCAUUGAAAGCUCACUUGUGGGAACAAGUGGUCGAGAUCUCAUACAAAAACUCUACCAUGGCAAGAUUGUUAAUCAGAUUCGGUGUAGAACGUGUGGUAAUGUCAGUGAGCGACAGGAGGAAUUUUUGGACCUGCCAUUGACAGUGGCAGGAAGCUCCAGUUUGGAGCAGAGUCUGUUCGCUGCAUACAAAGAUGUGGAGGUACUCAAUGACAGGAACCAGUACAAGUGCUCCAGGUGUAACGGACUGGUUGACGCUGAGAAGGGUGCCAAGUUACGCAGCAUACCGUCCAUUCUAACCCUGUCACUCCUGAGGUUCAGUUUCGACUUUGUGAAAAUGGAGCGGUUCAAGGAGACAGGUCGCUUCACGUUCCCUACCACCCUCAACAUGGCGCCAUACUGUGAACAGGUGGUAGAAGGAGAGGACAUGAUGUAUGAGCUAUUCUCGGUGGUCAUCCACAGCGGGGGUGCACAUGGGGGUCACUACCAUGCCUACAUUCGGGACAUAGACGGCCUAGGAAACUGGGUCACACCGGAAGAAGAAGAGAUCAUUGUCCCCAUCGAUCCGAUUACAGGUGGUGUUGAUUUCCUGGAGUGUGAGUCCCCAAUAGAGCUUGUCCAGUUCAUAUUGGCUCACGACAUGAACAGGGGCAUGACUGUGGACAAGAUAGGUGGAGAGAUACAGAAGCAGACUGGGAUAUCAUGGAAUAAACGCUUCAAGAGCAAAUAUGGGACCAUGUCUAAGUUUUUCGAGAAAUAUGAUGACAAAUUUCUGUUUGAUCCAGUCACCAAGAUAGUGUCUUUGAAAGACUACAGCAAUGCAAAGAAGCCAACAAAUACAAAACAAAUAUCAACCAACUGUGAUACAAAACCAUUCUGUGAUUCACCUCAUAUCAGUGAAGGUAACCAGUCCAGAAAUAAUGGGAACCAGUCAGAUAGCAGGUCACAUCAUGACAGGUCAUCAGGACAUCAUGGGAAAAAUGUUUCUGAGUCAGGAGAUUCAAAAGGGAAAAUCAACAGACCUCGGCCUGGCUCGACGUGGUUCGACUUCAAUGACAGCCGUGUGCAGCCAAUCUAUGAGAGGGCUCUGGAGAAACAGUUCUCUGGCAAGGAGAGUGCCUACAUGCUCUUCUAUAGGAAACAGACCAUGCUUAGACCUCCAAAUGCUCAAGGAAACAAGCUGUAUUAUAUACCCGAAAAUCUUAUUACCAUAGUAACAAAAGAUAAUUCCAAACUGGAAGCUGAGAGAAUUGCCUAUGAAAAAGCAAUCAACAAACUCACAUUGGUUGUACACUACUCCUGCUUCUACAAGUACAGAGAGGGCGCCCUGAAAGCAUUGCCUGGAGCAGUUACCUCCAAACUUGAGAUUGACCAAAGGGACACCACUGCAACUCUCUACAAGACUGCAUUGGAGGUAGGAAUGGAUUAUCUGCCCUGUGACAAAUUUGUGAUCAGUACUUUCAAAGAGCUUGCAGCGGGAGGCCAUGUGUAUGAUGACAUCAUAGAAUCACCUGAUUUGCCACUACAGCACUGCAUCAUUCAAGACGGUGCUCAGUUGUUUAUUUGGGAUGGCUCAACAGUUGAAAAUUCCCCAAUUCCUCAUGGCUGUGACAGUGAACCAGUGUUCAUCACUGUGGUGUAUGACCUUGACCUUCAGUUCAGCUAUGGGUUCUCAAGGUCACUGACCUUGCAAGAGGUCAAGGUUGUCAUAUGUGACUUCAUCAGGAGUGUGCCUGAAAAUUUGCAGCUAAAGAAAGUGACAGAGAAAGGAGAUGCCAAGGGGUUUACAAACUCAGAUGAAUAUUCAACUGUUAAAGAGCUGGGCUUACAAGAUGGUGAUCGACUAUUGGCAAUAGACAAAAGUCAGAAAGGGGGAUUAUCAGACAAGAACUUUGCCAGUUGCUCAAUCUACAACAAGUUUGUGAUAAAAGCUGAGAACAGAUGUUGUGAACUGUCAAAGGACAGUCUCGAUUACCCCUCUGUGAGAAUUGAAGUGGACAAAACCAUCUCAGUCUCUGAGCUGAAGUCAAUCAUUCUGCACCAGUUGGGCUUGUUAGAUGUAGGAGAAACGCGGCUACGAAUAGAUCAUGACACAAUGGGCCUAAGGGCACCACUACACGAAGGCCACGCCGUGUUUGAUGCAGGAAUCACCCAGGGCAGUCGUGUCAUAGUGGAGAGGGGAUCAGCGCCUCAGUCAGACGAGAUCACAGUGUAUUUCACGAGCGUGGACAGUGCUUCUGGUCCUGACACCAGUGAGGUGAUUGUGAAGCAGAACACCACCGUAGACCAGUGUCUCAAGUGCAUCCUCCUACAGACAAACAUCGGGGAUGAGGACUGGCACCUGCGCAAGACCAACUGGUGUGGGGAGGCCGCUGACCUCUUGGACGACCUUGACAUGACCUUGACCUCUGCACUUGUGCAUGACGGAGAUAUCCUACUGCUGGAGAGGGGAAGACUGCCUCCUAAGGGUUUUAUACGGAUACCUAUAUGGCUUCACUCCACCCCAGAGAGUAUCAGCUCCCAGAGCCAAGGGGGCAUCAUGCAUUGGAUGUACGCCUUCUUUGGUAUUUCUCAGUCAGACUCAAAAAGGUCAGAUGAAGUGCUAUCAAAGUUUGAACCCUUCUACAUAGAUGAUCUUGAGAUCUGCAAGAAUGCCACCUUGAGUGACCUUAAACAGCAGGUCAUGACCUUGAACUUGGUGGCAGACCUGCCCAUUCCUAGUGCAGAUUUCAUGCGACUGAGAGUAAAGGAGAAGGAUAAAAUGACCACCGUUUUAAGGGAUUCGAAUCAAACAUUAGGGAAAUUAAAGCUGACUUCAAACACGGUCUUGGCCUUGCAAAUCCUUCCAGAAGAGGAGAAAUUGAGUGCUAGCAGCUUUGUUCUCAGUGUAUGCCAGCGAGUGCCAGACACAAAGACAUACAGUUCCCCAGUGGAGCUUGUCUGGAACCCAUUAGGGGGCGCCACCAUCCAAUCACUGAAGGAGGCAGUUGCUAGCGUUCUAUUUAUAGAACCACAAAAUAUAUGCAUGGCUAAACACUUCCCACAGCGCCAUGAGUGGAUGGUUAUAAAGAAACCAGCUCAGCAGCAUCAUUCUGGAAAGAAGAAACACAAAGGUUGGAAAGAUAAUUUAAAACUGGCGCCAUAUCACAUGAGUGACGGAGACUUAAUAGGGGUCAAGGACCUUCAAUAUGAUCCAAACAAUAUUGAUGACUUCAUGACAGAAGCAGAUGAGAUUGGGCGUAUGGAGCUAGUACAGCUAGAUGAGGAGAAACGAAAAAUGCGUGGAGAGCGUAAGGAGAUGCAAGGUGAGCUUGGUAUUGGAGAAAAACCCAAGAGACGUGAAGUGGGCAUCAGCAUCAAAGUGGGGGACUUCUCCUGAGUGAAUAUCUAGCAGAUGUAUGGCAAUGAUUGGCUUGUAUGGAUGUGACUGUGGAGUUAACGCAACUCUACCGUAAUGUUUAAAUAUUUUAAACCACUGAACAUAAUCUGCUAUACCAGUACUUAAAAUGUUAAGUUAAGGACAAAACAUGAUGUAUUUUUUUCACAUUUUGAUUUGUUUUCUUUUAAAUUGUUUUCAUGUGUUCCUAUAACUAUACAAUAUGUGUUCUUUUCACUGUAAAGAAGUUUAGUUCCAAAUGGGAACACACUUAAGUUUCAAAUGAACUGUAAAAUUCUCUAUAAAGCACUAUAAUCAUAAUAUUUAGUGUGUACAUGAAUAACUCAGAACGAUGUUUUGUGAGUUCAGUGGGCUGUAACUUCUUAAACUUUCUUUUACAGCACUGGACCUUAAAAUAAUGAAAACAAAAUUUUGUCCAAAAUAAAUAAUGGAAAACUGAAGCUAGGAAUUGAACAUCUGUUGUUACAUUUCUUGAAUGAAAUGUUUCCUUUUCAUGGGUGCUGCCAUUCUCUUGAGUCCUCAUGAAAUGCAACUUAUGUGUGAAGGUUUAACAUAGAAAAUGCACACAAUAUUUCAGAACAGAAAUUACAUGAUCAACAAUUCGAACAGCUGUGAUUUCUAAUAGGUUUAUAUAUUCCUAUGUAGUAAGACUAUCUGUGGAUCAAGAUCUCUCUAACAUAUUGGGUUUGACUACGUUAGGAUGUAUGAUAACAUUUUUUAUAUCUUAACUUGUAUUUUGUUAUUGCCUUACAUUUAAGACAAUUUUCAGCUGCAAUAUGGAUGGACAUGUUUUGUAUUAAAAUAAUGUUAAUGUUUUUAUUUUGUUUGGUUUAUUUUCUUUUUUACUUAUUUAUUGGACGCGAAUUUGUAUUGCAUAAUAUACAAUACAACACAA